AUGGGUUCAGUUGCCAACGUCAGCGCCGAUCAGUGGCUCGCCGCCGCCAGCCACCGCCGUUCCGUAUAUCCCCUCAAGGGAACCAGCAGCGUGUCCGACGCCCGCGUUCAAGAAAUCAUCCAAAAGGUCCUCUCUUUCGCGCCGUCUUCCUACAACACCCAGCCCGUCCGCAUUACCCUGAUUACCGGACCCAAACACAAGCAAUUCUGGGACACCAUCAUUGCCGCAGCCGAGCCGGUGUUGAAGGGCAUCAGUGAAGAUGUCUGGAACGCCAUGAGCCCCAAGUUUCAGCUCUUCAAGAGCGCUUAUGGAUCUAUCUUGUUCUGGGAGUCUGGAAACACAAUCAAGGAAUCCGGAGAGACGCACAAGUCGGCCGCGCACAUGUUUGCCGAGUUCGGCGACCAUGCCAACGGCAUGCACCAGAUUCUGGUCUGGACCGCUCUCUCCUUGGAGGGACUCGGUGCCAACUUGCAGCAUCUCAAUGCUAUUCCCCCUGUCGAGGCUGCGAUUAAGAAGUUUGCCGGCGUUCCCGAGGACUACAAGCUGAAGGCGCACUUGAACUAUGGCGAUGAGGCUACCGAGCACCCUGCCACGCCUGGGAAGCUUCCGUUUUCCGAGACGUUGAAGGUCAUCUCAUAA